CUGCUGUCAAUAUGUCACCUGUUAAUGUAAUGAACUAAAAAUUCAAUUAGAAAGCAUAGAAAUAGUUUAUUAUUUUCAUAAAUUUUGCCAUUAACAAUUAAAUAUAAUGGAUAAGCAUAAUAGCUCAGAGCUGCUGAAUUCAGAUUUCUCUUUAUCUAAAAAUGCUAGCUCGGACUCCUUGGAUUCGGACUCCAAAUCUAGUUCAUUGAAUUCUAAACACGGACAGGACUCCUCGCAGCUACUAGGAGAUAUUCAGUUGCUGGAAGGUGAGAAGGUUACUGGUGUAGCAAGAGAUGUGACAUAUUUGUGCCCUUACAGUGGCCCAUCUCGUGGGGUACUCAAAGUCACAAAUUAUCAACUACACUUCCGUCCAACUGAAGCUACAUCUCUACAGACAACUCUGAGUGUACCUCUGGGUGUUGUAUCCCGUAUAGAAAAGGUAGGAGGUGCAUCAUCUAAAGGUGAAAAUUCAUAUGGCAUUGAAGUAUUUUGUAAGGAUAUGCGCAAUUUACGUUUUGCACACAAACAAGAGAAUCAUUCUCGUCGGGGAAUAUUUGAGAAGUUGCAGCAGUUAGCAUUCCCACUGUCACACAGAUUGCCACUUUUUGCAUUCAGCUACUCGGAAACCUUUCCAGAAGAUGGAUGGCAUGUAUAUGAACCAAUAGCAGAGUUGAGAAGAAUGGGUGUUAACAAUGAUAUGUGGCGUAUAACUCGCAUCAACGAUAAGUACGAGAUCUGCGACAGUUAUCCAUCAGUGUGGGCAGUGCCCGCUGCGGCUAACGAUGACCUGUUACGUUCAGUCGCCGCGUUCAGGUCUCGAGGACGUAUUCCGGUGCUCGCAUGGAUACAUCCUAGUUCACAGGCAACUAUAACUAGAUGCAGCCAGCCUUUAGUUGGGGUUAGUGGUAAACGUAGUCGUGAAGACGAACGCUACAUACAAUUGAUAAUGGACGCCAAUGCUCAGGCGCAUAAGUUGUUCAUAAUGGAUGCACGGCCCAGUGCUAACGCGAUCGCUAAUAAAGCGAAAGGAGGCGGCUAUGAAUCAGAAGAUGCAUAUCAGAAUGCGGAACUGGUGUUUUUGGAUAUACACAACAUUCAUGUAAUGAGAGAAAGUCUUCGCAAACUGAAGGAACUUUGCUUUCCACAAAUAGACCAAACAAGAUGGUUUAGUGGUAUCGAAGCGAGUUGUUGGUUGAAGCAUAUUAAAUGUAUAUUAGCUGGUGCUGUUCGUAUUGUCGAUAAGGUGGAGAACCACAAGACAUCGGUGCUGGUGCACUGCUCCGACGGCUGGGACCGCACGGCGCAGCUGACGGCGCUGGCCAUGCUGAUGCUGGACCCGCACUACCGCACGCUGCGCGGCUUCCAGCUGCUCAUAGAGAAGGAGUGGCUCGCCUUCGGACAUAAGUUCCAACUGCGUAUAGGGCACGGCGACGAGCGCCACUCGGACGCGGACCGGUCGCCGGUGUUCGUGCAGUGGGUGGACUGCGUGUGGCAGCUGCAGCAGCAGUUCCCCACGGCCUUCGAGUUCACCGAGCGCCUGCUCAUCACCAUCGUUGAUCACCUCUACUCCUGCAGAUUCGGCACUUUCCUAUUCAAUACUGAACGGGAACGUGUUAAAGAGGAAGUGAAGAGCAAGACAGUCUCUCUGUGGUCGUACAUCAACAGCCGACAGGACUUGUACCUCAACCCGUUGUACUGGGGGCCCAGCUCGGCGGGAGCGCAUUCGCGCCCACAAGUCGUGCUUGUUCCUGUCGCUUCACUUAGGAUCAUAAAGCUAUGGAAGGCCUUGUAUUGCAGAUGGAAUCCUACGAUGAGACAACAAGACCCGAUAUACCAGCGUACACGCGAGCUGGUAGCGUUGCGUGCGCAGCUGGAGGCGGCGGCGGCCGCGGCGGCUGGAGACCAUGCCGCGAGACACCGCCUCGCACUCACCCCGCCGCGGGUAGCUAGCCCGCACCAUGUGUGAACACUACACUAGUAUACAUGACAUUAUAUAACACUAGCUGUUCCCGUGCGGCUUCAUCCGCAUGAAAUUAUGAAAAUAUUAUUUUAUUAUUUACAUUUGUCAA